GUGUGUGAGUUCAAGAGAGGAAUUCGAGAAAGCCUUUGAUAUGGUCGCAGACAUGGAUGGAGAAAAGCGGAAAAGAAGUAUCUGCUCACGGCAAGAGCCAGCAGCUGCACUGAAGAUCUUGAAAGAUGGGAACAACAAGCGUGACGAAAUCCCUGAUAGAGUGACUCUGAAAAAAGAAAUAGGACUUUUAAGCGCCUGUACAAUAAUCAUAGGGAACAUAAUUGGUUCUGGAAUCUUCAUCUCUCCUAAGGGGGUUCUAGAGCACUCGGGUUCAGUGGGUCUAGCACUGAUUGUGUGGGUACUAGGGGGCUGCACAGCUGCCCUGGGUUCCCUCUGCUAUGCUGAGCUGGGGGUCACCAUCCCCAAGUCAGGGGGGGACUACUCCUACGUCACAGAAAUUUUCGGAGGCCUUGUUGGGUUUCUCCUCCUGUGGAGUGCGGUGCUCAUCAUGUACCCCACAACCCUGGCUGUCAUCGCCCUCACCUUCUCUAACUAUGUCCUUCAGCCUGUAUUCCCCGACUGUGUCCCUCCCUACAUGGCCACACGCCUGCUGUCAACAGUCUGUCUCUUGUUCCUGACCUGGGUGAACUGCUCUAGUGUGCGUCUGGCCACCAGGAUCCAGGAUGUGUUCACGGUGGGGAAGCUGGCGGCCCUGGGUCUCAUCAUAGUGGUCGGCCUGGUGCAGAUCUGCAAGGGCAACUACGAGGGACUGACGCCUCAUGUGGCUUUUGAGUUCAGCAGGACUCCCUCAGUUGGGCAGGUCGCUCUGGCUUUCCUCCAGGCCUCUUUCGCCUUCAGUGGAUGGAACUUCCUGAACUAUGUCACAGAGGAAGUGGUUGAACCGCGACGGAACCUACCUCGUGCCAUUUACAUCUCAAUCCCAUUGGUGACCUUUGUGUACACGCUCACCAACAUCGCCUACUUCUCCGCCAUGUCACCCGAGGAGCUGCUCUCAUCCAACGCUGUGGCCGUUACGUUUGGAGAGAAGCUCCUGGGGAUGUUCUCUGUCAUUAUGCCCAUCUCGGUAGCCUUGUCCACGUUCGGAGGCAUCAAUGGCUACCUCUUCACCUCCUCAAGAUUGUGUUUCUCUGGGGCCAGAGAGGGACAUCUACCCAGCUUGCUGGCCAUGAUCCACUUUAAGAACUGCACCCCCAUCCCAGCUCUCCUCUGCUGUUGUACUGCCACCAUUGUAAUCCUGUGUAUAGGAGAGACACACAACCUGAUCAACUAUGUGUCCUUCAUCAACUACCUCUCCUAUGGAGUCACCAUCGCAGGCCUGCUCUACUACCGAUGGAAGAAGCCCAAACUUUACAGACCAAUUAAGGUAAACCUCCUUGUCCCUGUCACCUACCUGAUGUUCUGGGCCAUGUUGCUGGGCUUCAGUCUGUACUCUGAGCCAGUGGUGUGUGGUGUUGGGCUGGUCAUCAUGCUCACUGGCGUACCAGUCUAUUUCCUGGGGGUGCACUGGAAAUCCAAGCCAAAAUGUAUCUAUGACUUCAUCGAGUCAGCAACCUACGUGGCACAAAGGCUGUGUUUCGUGGUCUUCCCCCAGUUUGACCCCAUCGAGGUCAGUCCAAUCGAAGAAUGGCCUGACAAAACUUCCAACAUUCUCUCUGGGAAGUCUUAAACUCUUUUUGCCUUCUGAAGUAUUUUUCUUUUUGUAUAUUCUGUCACUGUAUGAUGACAUGGUCCGUUCCUUUUAGUGGAGCCCCUUGUCUGGUCUUUGGUCACCUGAGACUCAUAUCCAUUUCUUUACUGCUAAGUGGAAUUGCCUGCGUUUUGAUGCAUGGGCCACUUGCAAAUGUUUUUCUUCUCUUUUUCUACUAAGUCGUCAAGUACAAGCUAAUGCCAACAGUAUCACGUUUUGAAACGGACUUCAUAUUCCUGAAGGCACUAUUUGUGCCUUUUCUGUAACUUUUCAACAUUGGCAGUAUUUUGGUUUUGACCUGAGAUUUACUGUGUAUCACUGUGCCUUAUAGGGAGAAAUGUGUUCCUUACAUGCUGACCAGAACGGACACAUCGCGUGCGUCGCAAAAUAAAUGUAGAAAUCCAUUUUAUUCAAUUAUUGCACCCACACUGCUCGCGUGCACCAACGAGUGUCUGCGUUGCCAAGGGCUGUCUAAAAUAGAAGUCAUUCCUAUUUCUGAUGCAGAUCGCGCUGAAAGUCCUGCCUCUCCCAUCUCCUCAUUGGUUUAUAGAAGCAGGUACCCACGUGCCAUCUCCUCAUUGGUUAUACCCGCGUGGGUGAUUGAAGGACGAACUUUGUUGCCGGUUGUCGUGGUAAUACAAUGAAAGUUUAGAUGCGAUCACCAUAUAAGUUCAAAGAUGAGAAAGCCUGGAAGGGGGAGAGAUGACUAGAAACAAUUCGGUUGGCCAUUUUAUGUGUAGAUUAAUUGUUGGAGUAGAGGUCCUUGUGCAUUUCAGGUAAAAUAACAACUCAAUGUUUAUAUCCCAGGACAAAUUAGCUAGCAACAGCAAGCUAGCUAAAUAGCACAAAUUAACUUUAGCUAGCAGGUGCAAGCUAAUAUUACGAGCUAAAUUGCCAUACAUGUUUAAUGCUUUUCGACCUGUCCCCAAAUUAAUGUAAUUGGUUCAGAGUUUGUUUUGAUAUUUUAACCUGCGUGUCGUGAUCGCGUUUGGUGUGGGGGGGGCAAAAUAAAUGUACUUGACUCCUUUGGAAAUUAAUAUUUUUAGCCAGCAGCAAACGAGAUAGAUUUGUUCUGAUUGUAUACUAAUGAAUGAUAGAUAGGCUGUAGUUGAGGGUCACUGUGUUUUUACUUAGUAUAAUGCUUGCCAUUGCAUUUUACACUACUGAUUCUAUGUCAUAGUAUAAAUACACACAACUGUAAUGUUCACAGCUGACUAAAUGACCCAAACUCCAGUUUAUACGCGGAAGUAAAACUCCUCACAAAAUGCUUGCUGCACUUUUCUAAUGUUUGUUUCUAAACUAAGAUUGUAAUAUCAAGUUAACUUAUUUUAUGUUUUAUUUCUACCACACUUAAAACUAAACAUCCUUACAUGUGCUGGGAAACUGACAAACAUACAAAAGGCAUUUUUCCAGUGGAGUACUGUACUGCCAUUGAAUUUCUCGGCCCCAAACAGAGUUCUUUAACAACUAUGUGUUCUUCAUUCAAUACAACAAACUUGUGAUUUGUUGUAUUUCUUUAUAAAUAGAUGUGAAUUGGCAUACCUUGAUUGUACUAAAUGGAUAGGUACAGUGGCAAGGAAAAGUAUGUGAACCCUUUGGAAUUACCUGUAGUUCUGCACAAAUUGGUCAUCAAAUUUGAUCUUAUCUUCAUCUAAGUCACAAUAACAGUCUGCUUAAACUAAUAAAACACAAACAAUUAUAUCAUGUCUUAAUUAAACACACUGUGUAAACAUUCACAGUCCAGGGUGGAAAAAGUUUGUGAACCCUUGGAUUUAAUAACUGGUUGACCCUCCUUUGGCAGUAAUAACCUCAACCAAACUUUUUCUGUAGUUGCGGAUCAGACCUGAACAACGGUCAGGAGGAAUAUUGGACCAUUCCUCUUUACAAAACUGUUUCAGUUCAGCAAUAUUCUUGGGAUGUCUGGUGUGAACCGUACUCUUGAGGUCAUGCCACAGCAUCUCAAUCGGGUUGAGGUCAGGACUCUCCAGAAGGCGUAUUUUCUUCUGUAGAAUCCAUUCUGUUGUUGAUUUACAUCUGUGUUUUGGGUGAAUGUCCUGUUGCCAUACCGAGCUUCAAUUGGCGGACAGAUAGCCUUACAUUUUCCUGCUAAAUGUCUUGAUGAACUUGGGAAUUCAUUUUUCCGUCGAUGAUAGCAAACUGUCCAAACCAUGAUGCUCCAUCCACCAUACUUUAUAGCUGGGAUGAGGUUCUCACGUUGGUGUGCUGUGCCUUAUUGUUCUCCUCAGUGUUGUGUGUUCCUUCCAAACAACUCAACUUUAGUUUCAUCUGUCCACAGAAUAUUUGCUCUUUUGCGAACUUCAGACGUGCAGCAAUGUUUUUUUUUUUGACAGCAAUGGCUUCUUCCGUGGUGUCCUCCCAUGAGCACCAUUCUUGUUUAGUGUUUUACGUAUCGUAUACUUGUCAGCAAAGAUGAAGAGUCACUCUACGAUUCUUAUUAACCUCAUUGAGUAUUCUGCGCUGUGCUCUUGCAGUCAUCUUUGCAGGACUGCCACUCCUAGGGAGAGUAGCAACAGUGCUGAACUUUCUCCAUUUAUAUACAAUGUGUCUUACCAUGGACAUCAAGGCUUUUAGAGAUACUUGUGUAAACCUUUCCAGCUGUAAGUCAACAAUUCAUAAUCUUAGGUCUUCUGAUAUCUCAUUUGUUCAAGACAUGGUUCACAUCAGGCAAUGCUUCUUGUGAAUAGCAAACUCAAAUUUUGUGAGUGUUUUUUAUAGGGCAGGGCAGCUCUAAACAAUAUAUCCAAUCUCGUCUCAUUGAUUGGACUCCAGGUUAGCUGACUCCUGACUCCAAAUAGCUUUUGGAGAAGUUAUUAGCCUAGGGGUUCACAUACCUUUUCCAACUUACACUGUGAAUGUUUAAAUAAUGUAUUCAAUAUAGAAAAUAAAAAUACAAUAAUUGGUGUGUUAUUAGUUAUUGUGUGUUAUUAGUUAUUGUCUAUUGUUGUGACUUAGAUGAAGAUCAGAUCACAUUUUAUGACCAAUUUAUGCAGAAAUCCAGGUAAUUCCAAAGAGUUCACAUACUUUUUCUUGCCACUGUAGAUAAUUAUAUACUGUAGAUAGAUAGAUAGAUUACAUAGUUUACAUACUCAAUUAGUAUGUGGUAGCAUUGCCUUUAAAUUGUUUAACUUGAGUUUGGGUAGCUUUCCACAAGCUUCCCACAAGAAGUUGGGUGAAUUUUGGCCCAUUCCUCCUGACAGAGCUGGUGUAACUGAGUCAGGUCUGUAGGCCUCCUUGCUCACACGUGCUUUUCCAGUUCUGCCCACAAAUUGUCUAUAGGAUUGAGGUCAGGGCUUUGUGAUGGCCACUCCUAUACCUUAACUUUGUUUUCCUUAAGCCAUUUUGCCACAACUUUGGAAGUAUGCUUGGGGUCAUUGUCCAUUUGGAAGACCCAUUUGCGACCAAGCUUUAACUUUCUGACUGAAGUCUAGUGAUGUUACUUCAAUAUAUCCACAUAAUUUUCUUUCCUCAUGAUUCCAUCUAUUUUGUGAAGUGCACCAGUCACCCCUGCAGCAAAGCACCCCCACAACAUGAUGCCGUUUCCUCCAGAAUCUUCACAAGGUCCUUUGCUGUUGUUCUGGGAUUGAUUUGCACUUUUCGCACCAAAGUACGUUCAUCUCUAGGAGACAGAACGAGUCUCCUUCCUGAGCAGCUGCAUGGUCCCAUGGUGUUUAUACUUAGGUACUAUUGUUUGUACAGAUGAACGUAGCACCUUCAAGAUUUUGGAAAUUGCUCCCAAGGAUGAACCAGACUUGUCGAGGUCUACAAUACAUUUUCUGAGGUCUUGGCUGAUUUCUUUAGAUGUUCCCAUGAUGUCAAGCAAAGAGGCACUGAGUUUGAAGGUAGGCCUUGAAAUACAUCCACAGGUACACCUACGAUUGACUUAAAUUAUGUGAAGUAGCCUAUCAGAAGCUUCUAAAGCCAGGACAUAAUUUUCUGGAAUUUUCAAAUCUGUUUAAAGGCACAGUACAACUUAGUGUAUGUUAACUUCUGAGCUACUGGAAUUGUGAAUUAUAAGUGAAGUACUCGGUCUGUAAACAAUUGUUGGAAACAUUACUUAUUAUGCACAAAGUAGAUGUCCUAACCGACUUGCAAGACAUUUUUAAUGAGUUUUAAUGACUCCAACCUAAGUGUAUGUAAACUUCAGACUUCAACUUUAGAUAGAUACCACCAAUUACUAAAAUAAAUAUGUUAUGCCAAUAACCAGAUACAAUGAUUUAGAAUUAAGAUACACUACAUGACCAAAAGUAUGUGGACACCUGCUCGUCAAACAUCUCAUUCCAAAAUCAUGGGCAUUAAUAUAGAGUUGGUCCCCCCUUUGUUACUACAACAGCCUCCACUCUUCUGGGAGGGCUUGAGACUAGAUGUUGGAACUUUGCUGCAGGGACUUGCUUCCAUUCAUCCACAAAAGCGUUAGUGAAGUCGGGCACUGAUGUUGGGCGAUUAAGCCUGGCUCGCAGUCGGCGUUCCAAUUCAUCCAAAAGGUGUUCAAUGGGGUUGAGGUCAGGACUCUGUGCAAGCCAGUUAAUUUCUUCCACACCGAUAUCAACAAACCCUUUCUGUAUGGGCCUUGCUUUGUGCACAGGGCAUUGUCAUGCUGAAACAGGAAAGGGCCUUGCCCAAACUGUUGGCAAGAAGUGGUAAGGACAGAAUUGUCUAGAAUGUCAUUGUAUGCUGUAGCAUUAAGAUUUGCCUUCACUGGAAUUUAGGGGGCACUCACCCGAACCAUGAAACUGCCCCAGAUCGUUAUUCCUCCUCCACCAAACAUUACAGUUGGCACUAUGCAUUGGGUCAGGUAGCGUUCUCCAGGCAUACGCAAAACCCAGAUUAAUUCGUUGGACUGCCGGAUGGUGAAGCGUGACCCAUCACUCCAGAUAACGCGUUUCCAAUGAGAGUCCAAUGGCUGUGAGCUUUCCACCACUCCAGCCGAUGCUUGGCAUUGCGCAUGGUGAUCUUAGGCUUGUGUGCAGCUACUCUGCCAUGGAAACCCAUUUCAUGAAGCUCCCGACAAACAGUUUUUGUGCUGACAUUGCUCCCAGAGGCAGUUUGGAACUCGGUAGUGAGUGUUGCAACCGAGAACAUACAAUUUUUACGCGCUAUACGCUACAGCACCUGGCGGUUGCCUAGACGUUUCCACUUCACAAUACAGUACUUAUAUUGACCGGGGCAGCUCUAGCAGGGCAGAAAUAUGAUGAACUGACUAGUUGACGGUGCCAUGUUGAAAGUCACUGAGCUCUUCAGUAAGACCAUUCUACUGCCAGUGUUUGUCUAUGGAGAUUGUAUGGCUGUGUGCUCGAUUUUAUACACCUGUCAGCAACAGGUGUGGCCUACGUAGCCGGAUCUACUAAUUUGAAGGGAUGUCCACAUACUUUUGUAUAUAUAUAUAGUGUAUCGUUAUUUAGUUUGUAAGUACAACAUUAUGUUCUCUCUCCCUCCAACAGCUGCCAUAACCAUUAAGCCCCAGUCAGGUAAAACACACUGCUUAUGCAAGGUUUUAUUACUAUUUUAUAUGCAGUUUAGUUCAGAUUUCUAGAGCAGUCUUGGUAUGAAGAGAUUUUACACUAAGUUAUUUGUAAAGCAUCAGGUGUUUACAAUGGGUUCAGUACUUGGAAUGUUAACUGGAAUGUAUUUUAGUGCACUUUUUGUAAAUGAGAAAAUAACAAUAAUAGCACAAUAAAUCAAAUACUUAUCGGAAAUGCCUUUUCUCAUUGCCAUUCUCAUUUACCAUACACUAUAUAGUAUUCAACUGUUUAAAUGUGCCAAUAGUGUACUGGUAACUGCCAGCCAGAGACAAGAAAAAAAAAGUAUUUACAUCACUUUGAAAUAUUUUAACCAUCGCAUUGUUGAAUACAUGUUUCUAAUUGGCUUGAAGGACAUUCUAGAAUGUGUAUUAUUUCCAUAAAAAGCACGGAAUAUUUGCACGCUAGAAUUCAAUUGCUAUAGUUCAUUUUUACGUGAAUGAAUGCCAAGAGUGUGCAAAGCUGUCAUCAAGGCAAAGGGUGGUGUCAUGGUUGUCAUAGUGAGGAGACCAAGGCGCAGCAUGGUAAGCGAACAUAACUCUUUAAUUAAAGAGAGAACACUGAACAGAACUAAACAAAGUGUGACGCAAUAUGUCUUGUGCAGCACAGGCAACUAAACAUAGAAUAACAACCCACAAACUAUCCAAGGAAUAUGGCUACCUAAAUAUGGUCCCUGAUCAGAGACAACGAUAAACAGCAGCCUCUGAUUGAGAACCAAUCUAGGCAACCAUAGACUAGAAAACCCCCAUAAACAUACAAAAAACCCUAGACAAUCCAAAAACACCCACCCUUGUCACACUAUGACCUAACCAAAUAAUAGAGAAAACAAAGUUAACUAAGGUCAGGGCAUGACAGAUGGCUACUUUGAAGAAUCUCAAAUAUAAAAUAUGUUUUGAUUUGUUUAACACUUUUUUUGGUUACUACAUGAUUCCAUAUGUGUUAUUUCAAAGUUUUGAUGUGUUCACUAUAUUAUUCUACAAUGUAGAAAAUAGUAAAAAUAAAG